AUGGGCGAUCAUGACGAUUUUGAAGACAGUCAGUUUCCCGACAACGACGAGUUCAUACCGUACGUAACGGCCGGUAACCUAGCGUUAAGAAAUGGCGCGAAAGUCACGUUAUGGGGCAAAGUAACAAAAGUGUCAGCCGAGGGCUUCCACGUAAAAACAGUUGACGAUCAAGAAGUACUUAUCAGACUAAAAAAGCCUUUAAACGAACCACUUGAAGGUUGGUACGAGAUCCACGGCGUCUCGCAAGGAAAGAGUGUACUAUGUGAUGAAUAUGUGCCGUUUUCAGCGGAAAUGACAAAAAACAUCGAUACAGAGGGUCACAAAGGGUUAGCAAAGUUAUUGGCGGCUCUUGAUGAGCCAUGGAAUCUUGGAGAUGAUGGAUCUGGUGAUAUGCAUGGUAUAACCGCUAUGGAGUAG